UAGCGAAAAUACCAGAAUUAAAUGUGUGUAUUAUAUUAUAAUUUAAUCAAAUACUCUAUAAUAAUUUACGCCAAAUAAAAUCUUUACACUUGUAAAAGAGUUUUAUAGACGCUGGCCAUGGAUCAAUUUCACACUCCCUCGUUCGGGGACGAAGUGUUCGAGAUGAAUGAAAUGCCAACGGAAUCGCUGCCAUCGAACCAAGCUUCACGGAGAAUGCUUAGCCUGGAUCAUUCCACGUUAAAUGAUGACGAUGACAUGGACUAUGACACAUAUAAUGGUGGGCAACAGCAGCAGCAGCAGCACCACAAUCACGCAAUGAUGACUCAGCAGCAGCAGCAACAGGCGGCACAGCUGCAGCAGCAGCAGCAAAUAUUGCCACAUCUGCCCACAGAUCCAGUUGUCCAAGCGGCAACUGCAAAUAUACAGACACCAUCGAAGCCAAUGGCUCCUUUUGCACUUUUCUUUCGCGAUACUGUGACGGCUAUCAAACAACAGAACCCGACCAGCUCAUUUGAGGAAAUCACACUUAUUGCUCAGAAUAUGUGGGAUGCCCUGGAUGUGUCCCAAAAGUCAAUAUACAAUCAACGACAUGAGCUAGAGAAGCGAGAAUAUUUGCGUCUAAUGCGCGAUUACCAACAGCACUUAUCGGAAACAACAAAGCCAGACAACACUUCCACAACCAUGGUCACAGCAGAGACGACAACGCCAGUUUCAGUAUCAAUGCCUGCCGAAUCUGUGAUUGUCAGUGGAGGGGAGCAGUCACAACAUCAUCAUCAAACACAACAAGACCACCACCAGCAGCAGCAACAACAAAUGGCUGUUACAGGUCCCGCCCAGCCGCCUGAGCAGAUACCACUGCUCUCGGAAGCGGCAAGUGUAACCAAAUGUACGCGUGAGCAAUGUAAUAAACCAGCCAUAAUUAACCCAGACUGGGAGGAUGAGUACUGCAGCAAUGAAUGCGUCGUCAUACAUUGUCGGAAUGUAUUCAACGAAUGGGCCUUAUCCUUAAAAACGCCAAACCCCACGUGGUAGAGAGCUAUAAUACCAUCUCAUAGACAUAAAAUAUUUAGCAUAAUAAUGUACACACACAUAGAUAUUAAUUUAUAAAGAAGAAAGAAUUAAUUCAUUCGGUCGCCAAGUAACUUUUAAUAAAUACACACAUUUAUUAUUA